AUGGAUGCUUUUUGUAAGAAUCCAGAAUGCAAUAUUGAAGAUAGGAUCUGUUGUAACACUUGUGUAUAAGAAAGACAUAAGCAUCAAACAACCAGAAUUUGGGAAUUGAAAAAUGUUUUUGAAGAUGCUAUAAAAUUACUUUCAGAUAGGGAUAAAAAAUUACUAAAUUUCAUAGAUUAAAUUACUCAAAAGGCUUCAGCUAUUAGGUAAAUAACUAAUAAAGAUAUUACUUAUUUGAAAUAGAUGAUUGAAGACUUUGAAAAUCAGACAUUAACAAACUUAAUAAAUGCUUUAAGAAUAUCUUAUUCAUUAAAAAACCAUGAAAUUUCAGAAAGAGUUACAGAACUUGUUGAAAAAUAACUUAAUAAAAGUUCAUUGAUAUCAUUUAAAUCUAUUAAUUGUAUUAUUAUCUAAAUAAUAUAAAAGAUGUAAAACUUCUUGAAGAGAAUAAAAAAGACGAAGCAAAAUAUGUUUUAUAGGAAAUAAUAGAUCUAGAUUAAAAUAAUGAAAUAUAUAAAUAGGAAAUGUGUAAAAAUUAUAUCUAUUAUUAAGAUCGAAUAAACAGUUAGUAAUUGUAAAAUUAGAGCUCUGAAAAUGUAGAAAACAAUGCAGUAGAUAUCAAUCAUUUAAUUCUACAAUGUAAAUUAUAAUAUAUUUUGAGAUCAAACUUUCUUAUAAGAAGAUUAAAAUGAAAAAGAGGCUCUUAAGGUUUUAGAUUAAAUAUUAGAAAUAGAUGUAGAUAAUUAUAUCUAUUAAAAAGAACGAUGUAAAUGUGUAUUUUAAUAUUAGUACGCCUCACUCAUGAAAUAGAUGAGUAUUCAAAUGCUGAUAAUUGCUUUUUUUAUGGUAAAUAUUUAGCUUCAGUUUAUUAAUAUGACAAAUUGUUAAAAAUAAGACCAGAUCCAAGAAUAUUUUAUCAGAAAAGCAAAUAAUACAUUUUAUUUUAGGUCUCGCAUUAUUUUACAUAAAGGACUAUAAUAAUGCUAUAAAUUCUAUUGAAAAAUCUAUAGAAUUUGAUAUAGAAAACAUCUUGUAUAAGAUAACAAGAAGUUGUUAUUUAUUAUUUAAAAUAGGCUAAUUGUUAUUUGCAAUGAAGAAUUUAGAGGCUCUGAAAAUAGAGGCAAAGGAAUUGAAGAAAUGCUUUGAUUCAAUUAAUUUAACAAUAGAAGUAAAAAACAAAAUUUAUUAUUAAUAGGGUCAAAUACUAAUAUUGUAAAAUAAUUAUGAAAAUGCAAAAGAAUGCUUUGAGUAAGCUUUUUCGUUUGAUUAUUUUAAUUAUGAAGCUCACUUUUUACAGGCUUUAGUAAUAUUUCAAUUAUCAUUUAGUGUCUAUCCAAAACUCUCCUAUCAUAAACAUAAGAAUUGUCUUUGUCACCAUAAGAAAUAUUAUAGAAUAAAAAUAAAAAUGGGAUUCUUGAUAUGAAAAAAAUUUAAAAGUUUUAUUGCAUGUAUAUGGAGGGCUAUAAUUAACAAAAUAAUAAUUAAAUUCAAUUAAGUCCUAAAACUUUAUAAAAAUGGAAUUAAAUUUUAAUGGAGGCAAAGAACAAAAAACCCACAAAUACAAAAGCCUUAUAAUAGUGA